UCAGUUUGCCGCUACGAGUUUCAGAGUACGGACGUAUUUUCCGAGAGUGCAAAUAAAAUUCUCUUCAAUUUUCAAUAUAACAGUGAAAAAGAAAUUCCCAACCAUAUCGCAAUUGCAAGUUUGACUUGAUUGAUGAAUUAAGUGAUUUCAUUUCACAAUUAAAUCGAAUCAUUCUUGUGCGAAUCUCUAAUUGAAAAAAAAAAACUUUAUAAGGAUUGAUUUCUUGUUCUGUGGAGCUCCAGAGACUCUUGUGAAUUUUACAUUAUUUUUUUCUUCAGAGUGAGUGCUUUCUUCUUGUUCACACCACAUCAUACAUUUAUAAAAGAAACCGUGCUACAUCUCUGGUAAAAAGCUGCAUUUUUCAUCUUUAACCAUUCUCUACGGGGGGACUCUGUUCCGUUGCGGGGGGUGUAGUUGGUGCGCCGAGUCGAGGACUCCGUGAAUUUCAGCAGAUUUGAGCAUCCUCGAAGAUAAAUUUCACCCCAAUUGAAGGACAUUCAAGGACACUGUCUCUCUUCCGUGAACUUUGACUUUUUGCCCCAGAGCCUAAAAAAAAAAACGGCUGCAGUUAGUUUUGUGAAGAGAAGAGAGAAUCUGUGGGGAAGAAGACAAUCUUGUUGCGUGCAGUUAAAGAGUUUUUCCAUCAUCUAAACGUGAACUGUGUGUGCAAAGGAUAAAUUGCUAAAGAGAUAAACAGAUAUUUUUGUCUUCACAAAGUGCAGUGUUGAACAUCUAUACUAAGCAGCGUAUAAAAGAUAACUAUCACGAGUGUACUAUAGUGUAAAGAGAGGCAUCAAUUGAACUUCUUAUUGAGCUCGUGAAGCGAGGAAUGGCACCACCUAAUGAUGCUGAUAGACGGGAAUUGAUGGCAUGGGAAGCACCAUUGAAGCAGGGCUUGUAUGAUCCGGAAAAUGAACAUGAAGCAUGUGGUGUUGGUUUUAUCGUGUCUAUUGAUGGGAAAUCAUCGCAUAAAAUUCUGCGAGAUGCCCAAACUCUAUCCGAACGGAUGAUCCAUCGAGGCGCUUGCGCUUGUGACAACGAUACAGGCGAUGGAGCUGGUGUACUUGCGUCCAUUCCGCAUGAUCUCUACGCUAAGGAAAUGGCAUCCGAAGGUAUUAUCUUGCCGGAAUUUGGAAAGUAUGCCACUGGGAUUUUCUACUUGGACAAAAAUAGCCACGCUGAUAUCGAGAAGGAAUUCAAUGUGCUCAGUGAGACCAUUGGAUUGACGGUUUUGGGAUGGCGCACCGUCCCAGUGUCCAGUGAGGCCAUUGGGGCGGUGGCACGUAAAAGUGAACCACUAUCGCGUCAGGUCUUUGUUACGGCGUCCGAGACGUCCAUGCUGACGGAGGAGGAACUCCGACGGCAGGUGUUUGUUCUGCGAAAGCGUGCAACGCAUGAACUCACCAAGGCCGGUCGUCGCUUCUACAUUUGCUCCCUAUCGCUGAAGACGGUGGUGUACAAGGGGCUCUUCACGUCCGAUCAACUCUGGGAGUACUAUUUGGACUUGAAGAAUCCCGAAUUUGGAUGCUACUUAGCCCUUGUCCAUACGCGCUUCAGUACCAAUACCUUCCCAUCGUGGGAGAGAGCUCAUCCACUGCGUAUGAUCGCUCACAAUGGGGAAAUCAAUACAUUGCGUGGAAAUGUGAACUUCAUGAAGGCCCGCGAGGGUGUAAUGAAGAGUGAAAUCUUUGGGGAUGACCUCAAAACACUCUUCCCAGUGGUUGAGCCGAAUCUUUCGGAUUCCGGCUCAUGUGAUUGCGUGUUGGAAUUUCUCACAAUGGCUAGCAAUCGUGAUCUCCCGGAGGCAGUGAUGACCAUGGUGCCGGAAGCAUGGCAGAAUGACAAGACAAUGCCACAGGAGAAGAGAGACUUCUACCAAUGGUCUGCUUGUGUCAUGGAACCCUGGGAUGGACCAGCUCUCAUUUCCUUCACCGAUGGACGUUACAUUGGUGCCAUUCUCGAUCGCAAUGGUCUUCGCCCAUCGCGUUUCUACGUCACGAAGGAUAACAUUCUCAUUAUGGCAUCAGAAGUUGGUGUUUACGAUGUCGCCCCUGAGGAUGUUGUCCUCAAGUCUCGCCUAAAACCCGGCAGGAUGCUUCUCGUGGACACACAGGAGCGAGCUCUCAUUCAGGAUGUUGAGCUAAAGAGGAACAUUGCUAAAUCUCGCCCACAUUCCCAGUGGCUCAAUGAGAAAAUUGUCUUGGAUGACAUUCGACGAGCUGAUUUGCUGGCUGGCAAUGAUAAUAGACUUGGAAAUGGAGUUAAUGGGCAGAUUGAGAAGCGUCGCGAUGGAAUACUCGAUCCAAGAUUCUUACUUUUCGGCUAUACAACUGAGACUGUAAAUAUGUUGCUAAUGCCGAUGAUUGAGAAUAAGAAGGAAGCCCUUGGAUCGAUGGGAAAUGAUGCUCCACUUGCUUGCCUCUCGGCAUUUCAGCCAAUUCCAUAUGAGUAUUUCAAGCAACUCUUUGCCCAAGUCACUAAUCCACCAAUUGAUCCAUUCCGCGAGAAGAUUGUAAUGUCUCUUCAGUGCCCAAUUGGACCGGAGGCAAAUAUUUUGCAACCAUCUGCACAACAGGUGCACCGAAUUUGGCUCAAUAAUCCCAUUUUGAGUGUCACCGAUACGGAAAUUCUCAAGCGCAAUCGCUACAGGGAGUGGAAGACGAAAAUUCUUGAUAUUACCUUCCCCUAUCAGGAGGGUCCAGAUGGGUAUGUUAAUGCCCUGCAGAGGGUGUGCCGUGAGGGGUAUACAGCCGCAGAGCAAGGAUAUCAACUUCUUGUCAUCUCUGAUCGUCAAGCGGGUGCUGAGAGGUGCCCACUGUCGGCUCUUUUGGCACUUGGUGCCCUUCAUCAUCAUCUAAUUGAGUCACGUUUGCGCAUGAAGGUGGGUCUGAUUGUGGAGACAGCUGAGGCAAGAGAAGUUCAUCAUAUGUGUGUUCUUCUUGGCUACGGGGCUGAUGCUAUUUGCCCAUAUCUUGUCUUUGAAAUGGCAUCAGCUCUGCGUGAGGAUGGUGUUCUAUCGAAGGACUUGUCGGACAAUCUGAUCUACCAGGCGUACUCACAGGCCAUUGAAACGGGUAUUGCCAAGGUGAUGGCAAAGAUGGGCAUUAGUACGCUGCAGUCGUACAAGGGAGCACAAAUCUUUGAGGCUGUUGGAAUUGGUGAGGAUGUCAUUAAUCUCUGCUUCCGCGGAACACAGAGUCGUAUUGGUGGUGUAAGUCUCAAGAUUAUGGCUGUGGAGACACUAACACGGCACAGUAUGGCAUACGGAAAGGGUGCACCGGAUAUGCAAAUUCUCCGGAAUCCAGGUCAGUACCAUUGGAGAAAUGGUGGGGAGGGACAUAUCAACGAUCCAGCAUCCAUUGCUGCCCUACAGGAAGCUGCUGUGUCCAAUAGCUUGAGUUCAUAUGAGAAGUAUCGUGCUAGCACCAUGGAGAGCGUUAAGCAGUGCACACUUCGUGGGCAGCUGAAGUUGGUGGAGAAUCGUCAGAAGAUCCCUGUGGAAGAGGUUGAAGCUGCAUCGGAAAUUGUUAAGCGCUUCGCAACGGGAGCCAUGAGUUUCGGCAGCAUCUCACUGGAGGCGCAUACCACGCUGGCGGUGACAAUGAAUCGCAUUGGGGGGAAGAGUAACACCGGUGAGGGAGGAGAAAAUGCUGAUCGGUACCUCAAUCAAGAUCCACAGAAUAAUAAGAGAUCCGCCAUAAAGCAAGUGGCCAGUGGACGUUUUGGUGUAACAGCUGCGUAUUUGGCUAAUGCUGAUGAUUUGCAGAUUAAAAUGGCACAGGGUGCAAAGCCAGGCGAGGGUGGAGAGCUACCGGGCUACAAGGUGACCAAGGAGAUUGCCAGUACGCGUCAUUCGGUACCAGGUGUGGGUCUCAUUUCACCACCACCUCAUCACGAUAUCUACUCCAUUGAGGAUCUCGCUGAGCUCAUCUACGAUCUCAAGUGUUCCAACCCCAAAGCGAGGAUCAGUGUGAAAUUGGUGUCAGAGGUGGGCGUUGGUGUUGUUGCAUCUGGUGUGGCCAAGGGGAAAGCUGAGCACAUUACAAUUUCCGGGCAUGAUGGUGGUACUGGUGCGAGCUCCUGGACAGGAAUAAAAGCAGCUGGUUUGCCAUGGGAACUCGGUAUUGCUGAAACACAUCAAGUUCUUGUAUUGAAUGAUUUACGUUCCAGAGUUGUUCUUCAAGCUGAUGGACAACUGAGGACGGGAUUCGACGUUGUUGUAGCAGCUCUCCUGGGAGCUGAUGAAUUUGGCUUCAGUACAGCACCAUUGAUUGUCAUGGGAUGCACAAUGAUGCGUAAAUGUCAUCUUAAUACGUGCCCCGUAGGGAUUGCUACGCAGGAUCCAGUACUCAGGGCUAAAUUCACCGGACAACCAGAGCAUGUUGUUAAUUUCUUCUUUAUGCUGGCUGAAGAUAUUCGUCAGAUAAUGGCAAAUCUGGGCAUCCGGAAGUUCCAGGAUCUAAUUGGUCGUACAGACUUGCUAACUGUACGCCCGGAAGUCCUAUCGGAGAAAGCAAGUUCCCUGAAUUUUGCCCUCCUGCUGAAGAGUGCUCUGGAUUUGCGUCCUGGUACAAAUAUCAUCGGUGGAUCGGUGGCACAGAAUUUUGAGCUUGAAAAGCGUGCAGAUAAUGUGCUAAUUGAGAAAUGUGCAGCAGUUAUUGAGGGACGGCAGAAAUCCAUUGUUCUCGACAUGGAGAUUCACAAUGAGGAACGUGCAUUUGCUUCCACACUGAGCUACGUUAUUGCCUCCAAGUAUGGUGAGGCGGGCUUACCGGCUGGACAGUCGAUUCAGGUGAAUCUCAAAGGAUCCGCUGGACAGAGCUUCUGUGCUUUCCUCGCACGCGGGGUUACGGUGAAGUUGUUUGGUGAUGGCAAUGAUUACGUGGGGAAAGGCUUGUCCGGUGGUACGGUUAUCAUUACACCACCCAAGGAGAGUACAUUUGAGUCACAUCUCAAUGUAAUUGUGGGCAAUGUAUGCCUUUACGGAGCCACUGAGGGGAAGGCCUUCUUCCGCGGAAUUGCCGCUGAGAGAUUCUGCGUACGAAACUCAGGGGUAACGGCUGUUGUUGAGGGUGUUGGAGAUCACGGAUGUGAAUACAUGACGGGUGGUUUGGUGGUGAUUCUCGGACUAACUGGGCGCAAUUUUGCUGCCGGUAUGUCCGGUGGGAUUGCCUAUGUGUAUGACAUUGAUGGCAGUUUCCGUGGGAAGACAAACACAGAAUCCGUUGAAUUGCUCCCACUCGAACAGCCGAAUGAUAUUGCGGUUGUACGGGGAUUGCUUGAGGAAUUCGUGGAGCACACGGAUUCCGUGAUUGCGGGUGAAAUUCUCAAGGAUUGGCCCUCAGUGUGCUCAAAAUUCGUCAAAGUCUUCCCGUAUGAGUAUCAGCGUGCCCUCAAGGCACUCGAAGAGGAGGCUGUGGAGAAGGAGUUGAAGACCGAAAUGAAAUCCAUUGAAAAUGGGAAUGGGCACACGGAACCAGCUGUCAAGGAUAUUGAGGAUUCCGUGCAGGAUGUAGCCAUGGAGAAGAAGAAACUCACACAAAUUCUCGACAAAACGCGCGGUUUUAUCAAGUACAAGCGUGAAACAACCUUCUAUCGUGAUCCGGUGGAGAGGCAAAAGGAUUGGGAUGAGGUGUACAACUUCCCACAUGUCCGACGCAAUCUCCGGCGUCAGGCAGCCAGAUGCAUGGAAUGUGGUGUACCAUUUUGCCAAUCCAACAGCCAUGGAUGCCCACUGGGGAAUAUUAUACCCAAAUGGAAUGAUCUCGUCUUCCACGAAGACUGGCGUGAGGCACUCAAUCAGCUGCUGCAGACGAAUAAUUUCCCCGAAUUCACAGGACGUGUGUGUCCAGCUCCGUGUGAGGGUGCAUGCGUCCUUGGGAUCUCUGAGCCACCAGUUACAAUCAAGAAUAUCGAAUGUACCAUCAUUGAUCAUGCUUUUGAGCAAGGAUGGAUUGUACCAGUGGUGCCGGAAGAACGAUCCGGGAAAAGGGUUGUGAUUGUUGGAUCUGGACCAUCGGGACUCGCUGCAGCUCAGCAACUCAAUCGUGCUGGACACUUGGUGACCGUUCUGGAGCGCAAUGAUCGAAUUGGGGGCCUCCUUCAGUACGGCAUACCCACAAUGAAGCUCUCAAAGGAUGUUGUGAAGCGUCGUGUGGAUCUCAUGGCGGCUGAAGGCAUUGAAUUCCGUACGAAUGUUAAUGUUGGCAAAGAUAUUUCACCGGCACAGCUGGCCAAUGACUACGAUGCUGUUCUCCUGACAACUGGUGCCACAUGGCCGCGGGAUCUUCCGCUGAACAAUCGUGAUCUCAAUGGUAUACACUUUGCCAUGGAAUUCCUCGAAUCAGGUCAAAAGAAGCAACUCGGUGGCACUAUUGAGAACAUCUCGGCAACUGGAAAGGAUGUUAUAAUCAUUGGGGGUGGAGAUACGGGUUGCGAUUGUAUUGCAACAUCGCUGCGUCAGGGUGCAAAGAGUAUUGUGACGUUUGAGAUUCUUCCGGAACCACCGAAGGGACGUGCUGAGGACAAUCCAUGGCCACAGUGGCCAAAGGUCUUCCGUGUUGACUAUGGGCAUGAGGAGGUUCGUGUGAAAUUUGGCAAAGAUCCACGACAGUAUUGUACCACGACAAAGGCAUUCAUUGGUGAUGGCAAGGGGAAUAUCAAGGGUGUGGACACCGUACAGGUGGAAUGGACUAAAACACCAACUGGGCAGUGGAAUAUGAAGGAAGUUCCCGGAACUGAGAAACACUUCCCAGCUGAUUUGAUUCUCCUCGCUAUGGGAUUCCUUGGUCCAGAGAAGAAUGUUCCCAAUGAAUUGGGGCUUGAGCUAGAUAAUCGAGGCAAUAUCAAGGCAGUCAAUGGAUCCUAUGGAACAUCAAAUCCGAAAGUUUUUGCAGCUGGAGACUGUCGUCGUGGACAAUCUCUCGUUGUUUGGGCAAUCAGUGAGGGACGUCAGGCAGCUCGUCAAGUGGAUUCAUACCUCACAGGACAUCCCAGUUCACUUCCUGGCCCCGGAGGCGUUAUCGAUCCCACGCGUAUGCCGUAAACAUGAAGAAAAACAAAUCAACAAGGGUAUUGCGCAUUGAGAGCAGUGUUGCCUCCUUGGUUGCACCAACUAUUCCACUUUAAACAAACAAAUAACUCACUAUUUUUGCUGGUUAUGUUAAUGAAAAAAAAAUCAAAAGCUUUAGUUGAAAAAUCUGUGGUAAUGUGUUAGUCAUUUGCGGGACAGGGAGACACUUCCAUUCCGCCCUAGAUAAGAGACGUUGCUUCUUCAGCACCUGUUCUAGGUUCUAGGCUAAAAAAAAUACAAAAUAUCUGUUUGAUUCUCUCAUCAAUGUAUUUCUUCCAAGAUAAAAUCUCAAUGAGAGAAAAAUGAGAUUAAAAAAAAAUAAAUAAAUUUAAUUUAAAGAAAAAAAA